CUUCACUCGGUCCCUGGGCUCCGUGAAGGCUGUAGCUGCACCUGAUAAAACACGGGACGAGUUUUUACGGUGAAUGAUGCUCCGCUUUAUUCCCGUGUUUGAUUUGAUUUCCUCCCUGCGGCAGAGGACGAGACUCUUCAUCAACUUUAUUUUCACAUUACUGACGGAAUAAACCGACCUGAGCUGCAACGUCAAGUGGAUUUUAUACAUCGGGGAAAUAUUGGAACUGUGAUUUCUUGCUUUCACAAAUCUCCUCCAGGACUUAUUCCACCUAUUUUUCUCUCCUCUCAGUCUCAUGAUGACACUUUUUCUAUCUGUUUCGAGCCGUCUGGAUCAAACUUGAGUUGGUCAAAAAUGUUCCAGGGUCGUUAAAUUUAUUGGACGGUGACUGCCGGAGAUGAACUUUCUCCACAAUGAUUGCAGAGAGCUGGUGAAUGAUUGACAGCAGAGGCCCUGCGGACUUUACAUGGAAAGCUGGAUUUCUAACGUCAGUCCUUUUUGAAUGAUUAAGAGAAGGAAACAGCUGGAGACAAUGACACUGGAUCUCUAGUUGUAGACAUGAACUCAUGAAUUGAAAUAUUUACACUUUAUUUAUCCUGUUUGAAUGACUCUAUGUUAAUAUUUCUAGAACAGCUUUAAUUAUUAUUAUUAUUAUUAUUAUUAUUAUUAUUAUUAUUAUUAUUAUCUAAAUGGCAUCUACGGUGAGGCACGCGGGGCCCCUCGUGCUGCUCCUGCUCCUCUGCGCUCCUGGUUUUACAUCAGGAGCCUCCAAGGAACUAGUCUGCGAGCCCAUCACUGUACCCAUGUGUAGAGGCAUCGGCUACAACCUGACCUACAUGCCCAACCAGUUCAACCACGACACCCAGGAGGAGGUGGGGUUGGAGGUGCAUCAGUUUUGGCCCCUGGUCCGAAUCCGCUGCUCUCCCGAUCUCCUCUUCUUCCUGUGCAGCAUGUACACCCCAAUCUGUCUGCCGGACUACCGCAAACCGCUGCCCCCCUGCCGAUCCGUGUGCGAACGGGCCAAACGAGGCUGCUCCCCUCUCAUGAGCCAGUACGGGUUCGAGUGGCCCGAGAGGAUGAGCUGCGAGCAGCUGCCCCAGCUGGGUGACGAGACCCUGUGCAUGGACCAGAACAACAGCGAGGCCACCACCCUGGCUCCACCGUUCCCCAAGCCCACCCCAAAAGGCCGGACCAGACCCCCCAGCCCCCCUCAGUGUGACAGGGAGUGUCGAUGUCGAGACCCUCUUGUCCCCAUCAAGAGGGAGUCCCACGUUCUGUACGGCCGGGUCCACACUGGCCCUCUACCCAACUGCGCCCAGCCCUGCCACCAGCCCUACUUCUCAGCUGAUGAGCGGGCCUUCACCAGCUCCUGGGUGGGACUUUGGUCGGUGUUGUGCUUCAUCUCCACCCUGACCACCGUCGCCACUUUCCUCAUUGACAUGGAGCGCUUCAAGUAUCCAGAGAGACCCAUCAUCUUCCUGGCUGCCUGCUACCUCUUCGUGUCUCUGGGGUACAUCAUCCGGCUGGUGGCGGGUCAUGAGCGGGUGGCUUGUGGUGCCAGCAGCAGCAGUGUUGGUAACGAUCAUCUCCACAUCCUUUACGACACCACCGGCCCCGCUCUCUGCACCCUGGUCUUCUUGUUGGUCUACUUCUUCGGCAUGGCCAGCUCCAUCUGGUGGGUGGUGCUGUCCUUCACCUGGUUCCUGGCUGCGGGGAUGAAGUGGGGCAGCGAAGCCAUCGCAGGGUACUCCCAAUAUUUCCACCUGGCCGCCUGGCUCAUCCCAAGCGUCAAGUCCAUCGUGGUCCUGGCUCUCAGCGCUGUGGACGGGGAUCCUGUGGCUGGCAUCUGCUACGUUGGGAACCAGAACUUGGAGAACCUGAGAGGGUUCGUCCUGGCUCCUCUUGUGGUGUACCUCUUCACCGGUACGCUCUUCUUACUCGCCGGCUUCGUCUCUCUCUUCCGCAUCAGAAGCAUCAUCAAGCAAGGUGGAACCAAGACGGACAAACUGGAGCGUCUGAUGAUCCGGAUCGGACUCUUCACGGUGCUCUACACGGUUCCCGCCACCAUCGUAGUGGCCUGCCUGGUGUACGAGCAGCACUACCGGCCCGGGUGGGAGCGCGCCUUGGCCUGCUCCUGCCCGUCUGAGCGCCAGCGUUCAGGCCUGGGUCCAGAUUACGCCGUGUUCAUGCUCAAGUACUUCAUGUACCUGGUGGUGGGCAUCACCUCAGGAGUUUGGAUCUGGUCUGGAAAAACCCUGGAGUCCUGGAGGAGGUUUGUGGCUCGCUGCUGCCCCUGUUGGUCGCAGAAAGCCACUGCGCCACCCUCCAUGUACAGCGAGGCCAGUACUGCUUUAACUGGGCAUACUGGGAGCGGGCUGACACCAGGGAUCUACCACAAAGCUGCUCCGUCACAUAUAUGAACUACAAGAGAGUGUACAGUCACAUCUGUGGAUGUUUUAAUAUGAACCGAAGCAUCCAAACAAGACAGAGUGUGAAAGACUGCUGCUCUGAAUGUCAGCUCUCAUAAAAAGUACACACAGUGACAGUGUGACACACAAAUGGGACCAAAAGAUUCAGAAAAAAGGAAAAAUGAAAAACAGAGUGUGACCUUUGUGAAAACUGUCUGCCACUAUUUGAUUCAGAGAGUGGCCCGGAUCCAUAACGGAAUCCCAAAUACUUCUUCCUAUCUGAUUAUCCUGAGCACUGAAAGAGAGAAAGAAAAAAACAUAUUUAUUUAUGUAUAUAUUUGUAUAAAUGUACUGUUUAAAAAAAAAGAAGGAAAAUAAGGUGUAUAGUGUGAUAUGUUUAGUUUGGAAGCCACUGCCACAAAGUUAAGUGUUGAGACGCCAGAGAGACACAUGUCGUCUGAAGUGUGUAAACUUGUACAUAUAAUGUGCUGUUUCACGUGAGAGAGAGAGUGAGUGUGUGUGUGUGUGUGUGUGUGUGUGUGUGUGCGCGUGUGAACUGAAGCAGGGCUGAGAAAUCUUUAUUUGUUUUAUCGGUUGUCAAUCCAAACGAAAACCAACUCAGUCUUUUCCACACCGUGAUGACCUCUGGUGACCUCUAGUUCAAGUUCUGCUGUGAUGUCACACCUGAAGUCACAGUGUGUGUAUGUGUGUGUGUGUGUGUUACUGUUGUGUUUCUCUGUCAAUGUUCAUGUUGUGUGAAUUAACAGACAGGAUGGAGGCUGAUGUUGGCCUUUAGCACCACCUGCUGGUUCACAGUAGAGCAGCUCACUUCCUGUCCUCCACAUCAAGGCUCCUCAAAUCAAACGACCACAGACGAACAACUAGAAGAUUUUACACCAAACUCAUGAUUAAAUAAUGAUUUAAUAUUUAGCAGGUGUUCUUGAGUUUUCCCAAUUAUUUUUAUGAAUUCUGCUUUGGACUCAGAUACCAGCUCAUGGACCUCCUGGAGGUCCCUGAACCUGAGAAUCAUCGCUCUAUUUCUCCAUUGAUUUCACAUCAUUGACUCGUGAAUCAGCACCAAUUUUGAUGAUCAGCUUAUUCAAAUUUCAAUGAUUUGAAGCUUUGUGAUAAAUUUGCUGCUUUUCUCAGUUUUAAGCCAGUUAAUUGAAUCACUUUAAGGUUUGGACUGCUCAGCACAAGCUAUUUGAGGACUGGAUCAAACAUAUAUAUAUAUUUUUUACCUAUAAUGUCAUUUUCAUACAUUGUCAUUUUAAUGACUUCAAGCUGAAAACAAUGCUGAAAUAUGAAGUGAAGUAUUAGAUAAGGAAAAAACUGCUCAUCAUUUUAAAACAUCAAAUAUUUGCUGGUUCCACCUUCAAAAAUGUGAUUCUUCUCUCUUUUAAUAUUAUCUAAAAAUGAAUACUAAUGAGUUUGGAGUGUUGAUAGGACAAAAUUAGCACUUUGAAAACCCUAAUUUGAACUGUUGCUAUUUUAAGUAAAUCAUCUUACAAACUGGGCUCUGUGGUCUGAUGUGGAGAGUGUUUUUUGUGGUGCUGACAUCAUGAACUUAAGGAACCUCUUCUCUUCUUACAGAGGCCUUAUCAUUUAGGGUUUCUGCUGCCUUAACUCUCAAACUAUUUCUUUAAGUUGGGUGUCAAUAUGUUGAAAAUGAAUCAUAUUUAAUGUUAGAUUUCUUUCUUUCUCCUGCCCUGCUGUGACGCUGUGCUCUCAUUCAAUGUCGUUGGCCAAUUGUGUUGUUUAGACUACUGUGUUCCACAUACUAGAUGAUACCUCUAAUUUAUUAGCCUGAUUUGUGUGUGAGUGAGUGAAUGAGUGUGUGUGUGUGUGUGUGUGUGGUGAUGGAUGAUGUUUAGUUUAGGUUGAUCCUUUAAAGUGUAAAUCUGCUUACACGCUGAUAGAUUUCCUCAAAAGGAUUCAGACAAUGUUGUAGAUUUUGAUUCAUAUUGUGGAAUUAAAACUUUCAAAUUUUGCCUUGA